AUGAAGCUCUCCAUCGCUACUCUCGCUCUUGCCCUCUCGGGCUCUGCCAUGGCUGCUCCCUUCUUUUCCAAUGGCACCACUGUCUAUUCCUCGUCUUCGGGCCUUCCGACUCCCGCGCGGGCCCCGUCGAGCACCGGUCUGCCUGCGCCAUCCACCACUCCUGUGGUUGGCUCCCAGCCGGCUUCAUUCCUGCCCAAGCGGAGUGGUCUUCCCUCCAUUCCUACCGACCUGCCAUCUCUCAUUUCAGAUGCGCAGUCGGCCCUUGGUGCUCUUGCUUCGGCCGGUGCGCAGAAGCGUGACGCAUCUCUCGCUCUCCCAACCGAUCUGCCUUCACUGAUCUCUGAUGUCGAGUCAGUGUCUGCUGCCCUCGCUUCGAGCGGUGCUCAGAAGCGGGGCGAGUCUCUGUCGAUCCCGACCGAUCUCCCCUCUCUGGUUCCGGAUGCUGAGGCCAUUGCUGCCAGCCUCGCUUCCAGUGGUGUUCAGAAGCGCGCUGACUCCGCUGCACUCCCGACCGACCUACCCUCUCUGAUCUCGGAUAUCCAGUCUGCGCUCGGAGCCCUUGCCUCGUCUGGUGCCCAGAAGCGCGAUGGCUCUCUGUCCAUUCCCACUGAUCUGCCCUCUCUGGUGUCUGAGGCUGAGUCUGUUGUUGCGGCCCUUGCCUCGAGCGGUGUCCAGAAGCGUGGCUUCACGUCUACGCCUCUACGUACCCCCACUGGUACUCUCAGCGGUAUUCCUAGUGCUACCCCUGUCCCCUCCAGCUCUCGCCUCCCUCUGCCUUCUACCCCUUCCGGCCUUCCGGAGUCCUCCACCAAGCCUGUGACCUCCCCAACCGGCUUCUCUAUCCUCGGCUUCCCCAUUGCCUAG